AUCAUCGUUUUGAUUUCCAAUCUGCUCGUCAAAAGGUACCAGAAACUUCCAGAAGCUUCCACCUGCCCAACUUGUAUCAGCCUGAGCCCCUCGAGGUGCCUCCACCUCCAAAGCAGCACCUGUUUGAGGACAGCGCGAGUCCGGGAUGCUUUGGGACGCUUAACACUGCUUCACGUCUUUGUUGUCAUGGUGACGGUGAGGCGGGAUGCAGGUGGAGCUCCACUAAGGACCAGUCAACACAAGUCAGCGCUACACAAGAGGGUUUCCCACUUCUGGCUCUUGUUGCGGUCCAAAAGAGCUGAGUGUCCACGCUCCAAUGACGCAUCGAGCCACUGGCCCCUCCUACCUGCAUCCUUCACUCCAUGCUCACAUUCGGUGGUCCAUCAGAGGUUCACCAGCAGAGGAGCAGCUCUCCUCUUCUUCCUCUUCUGCGUGCAAAGGUCUCAGGAUGUCGCUGAAAGUGCCGACCAGCAACGUGACCAACAAAACCGACCCCAAGUCCAUCAACUCGCGGGUGUUUAUCGGCAACCUCAACACGGCGGUGGUAAGCAAGUCAGACGUGGAGAACAUUUUCUCCAGGUACGGCUGCGUGCUCGGCUGCUCCGUACACAAGGGCUACGCCUUCGUCCAGUACGCCAGCGAGAAGCACGCCAGGGGUGCCGUCGCUGGCGAGAACGGUCGGGUGCUGGCAGGGCAGACGCUUGACAUCAACAUGGCGGGAGAGCCUAAACCCAGCAGGGAUAAAACCACAAAGCGCCUGUCUUCUUCACACUACAGCACCUACGACUUGGACUACGAGCACUUCAGAGACGACUUGUACAAUAGGCUGAUGGAGUACGGUGGUCAGGUGUUGCCAGACGCGCGAUCGGUGCCAGUCAAAGGCCUGCGGGUGGCGCCUCCUUUCGUCCGUCGGCUCACAUCUCUCCCAGUUAGAACGCUGCCGCGUAACGCAAACAUGCUUCCUGGCGGUAAGCACAGACUCAGAGGAAUCCAACUGCGGGCCAUCAAGUCCCAGCUGACUCAGAUUAAAGACCACAUUGAAGCUUUGCUGCGACGACUGGACCGCAUCGCGAAAGACACACACCUCAGCUGCACAGAAAAGAGGACGUCGUUGCAGCGUUACAGCAAGGAGGAGGUUUGGCAGGGAGAGGAAUGUAGCUUGGAUGUUGAAGAAGCUGAUGAGGAGUACGCGGAUCCACGGCCGGGCAGCGAGGGCGACGAGGAAGAGGACAUGCAAGACGACAACCACAUGCGCGACCUCCUCCUGUCAAAGAUGGAUGUCAUCCACACAUGAAAGGGUCGCCGGGUUCCUCGUAAGACUCUACGCCGCCACCGCCACUGCAGGAAGACGCAGAACAUGUUUAUGUAAAUAAAAGGUUAAAACACAAUUUGAUUCUGUUUGUCAUCCAAGCCCC